AUGAAAAUUUUGUUGUGGAAUGUCCAAGGACUAGCUUCUAAGGACACUAAGGAGUUUUUAUCUCAUAUCAUUCAUAAAGAUAAUCCAGAUAUUAUUUUCUUAAUGGAAACAAAAGUGACAGAGUCUAGAGCUAGAGUACUGACCCAGCAAUUUUGUUAUCCUAAUCUAUUUUUCAUGAGUUCUGUUGGCCUCUCUGGGGGACUGGAUUUAAUGUGGAAAGAUGGAUUUCUUUGUGAGAUAUCAUGCAGUAAUGAUAACAUGAUCCAUGUUCUCUUAACCUCAAAUGCUUCUAAACAAGAAUGGCUUUUAUCUUGUGUUUAUGGUUCUCCGCAUUGUGAGAUGAAACAAAGACAAUGGGAGUUCAUCAAAGACUUAAGUGAUAAUGUUUACCAACCUUGGGUAGUUAUUGGAGAUUUAAACAUCCACCUAGGUAAUUCCCAUGCAUCUACUAGUCAAUCUAAUUUAGACAACUGGGUAUGUAAUCUCAUAGAUAGAGCUGGUUUAAUGGAUAUGGGAUAUAUAGGCUCCAAACAUACUUGGUCUAAUAGAGUUAAUGAGAAAGGAUAUCGAAGAGCAAGAAUUGAUAUGGCUUUACAAAAUGGGAAUUAG